UCAGCUCUCCUGUGGGUGCUGUCUCCUCAGCUCUCCUGUGGUGCUGUCUCCUCAGCUCUCCUGUGGUGCUGUCUCCUCAGCUCUCCUGUUGUGCUGUCUCCUCAGCUCUCCUGUGGUGCUGUCUCCUCAGCUCUCCUGUGGGUGCUGUCUCUGCAGCUCUCCUGUGGUGCUGUUCCCGGUAGCGGCAUGGUCUACGCCCAAUCAACAGACAGCAUCAAGCCAUCCCUCCUGCCCCUCCUCUCCCCCUCCUUUACCCUCCCCAUGACCUUUAACCUCUCAGACAGGGGCAACACCAGUUCAGCGACACCCUCCAUCUGGAACCACGACGCCCUCUCUUCCUCCUCCUCCUCUUCCCCCUCCGGCCUCCAGAACACCACCCAGGUGUGGUAUGAACUCACCCCAGCGGAGGUGGCUGUUCUGGGGCUGGUGUUCAGUCUCCUGUGGUUGGUGUCCAUCCUGGGUAAUGUUCUAGUGUGUGUCGUGAUCCACCGUAGCAGAAGGAGUCAGUCCACUACCAACUACUUUGUGGUGUCCAUGGCCUGUGCCGACCUGUUGCUGUCCCUGGGCUGUGCUCCCUUCAUCCUCCUCCAGGUGACCUGCGGGGGCUGGCCUCUCAGCGCUGCCGCCUGUAAGGCUGUUCGUUACCUGCAGCACCUGUGUCCUGGUGUCCAGGUGUAUGUUCUGCUGUCCAUCUGUGUGGACCGGUUCUACACCAUUGUGUACCCACUGAGCUUCAAGGUGUCCAGGGAGAAAGCGAAGAGGAUGAUCCUGGCCUCCUGGAUGUUGGACGCCGCCUUCGUCUCUCCCUGUCUUUUCUUCUACGGCUCGGAGACGGCGGCGGCGGACGGGGGAGGGCACUGUGACUUCUUCCUGCCGGCGGGAAGCUGGGAUGGCGUUCUGUACGGUUCCGUCCACCUGCUCCUGGGGUUCCUGGUCCCAGCUGUCCUCAUCGUGUGGUUCUACCAGCGCGUGGUCCACUACAUCUGGAGGAUCGGCGCCGACGGACACACGGUCAGGAGAACCAUGAACAUCGUCCCCAGGACUAAAGUGAAGACCAUCAAGAUGUUUCUCAUGCUGAACGUGGUGUUCCUCCUCACCUGGACCCCUUUCUACGUGGUCCAGGUGUGGCACCCUAGUGAGGCCCCGGGCCCCAGCAGACAGGGGGCUCUGGUGUUCUGCUGUGUGGUCUGGGUGUCGUUCAGCUCCGCCGCCUCGAAACCCUCGCUCUAUUCCGUCUACAACGCUAACUUCAGACGCGGCAUGAGGGAGACCUUCUGCACGUCCUCUAUGAAGUGUUACCGUAGCAACGCCUACACCAUCACCGCCAGCUCCCGCAUGGCCAAGAGUAACUACGUGGGAGUGGUGGAUAUCCCCGUGGCGACCAAGACGACGCUCACCAAAGACUCCGUCUACGACACGUUUGACCGCGAGGCCAAGGAGAAGAAGCUGGCCUGGCCAAUCAGAGCCAACCCUCCCAACACCUUCGUCUGAUGAGAGGGGAGGGAGACAGGGUUUAACUAUCAAUCAGAGCCAAACCUCCCAACACCUUCGUCUUACGAGAGGGGAGGGAGACAGGGUUUAACUAUCAAUCAAAGCCAACCCUCCCAACAACCUUCGUCUGACGAGAGGGAGACAGGGUUUAACUAUCAAUCAGAGCCAACCCUCCCAACACCUUCGUCUGACGAGAGGGGAGGGAGACAGGGUUUAACUAUCAAUCAGAGCCAACCCUCCCAACACCUUCGUCUGACGAGAGGGGAGGGAGACAGGGUUUAACUAUCAAUCAGAGCCAACCCUCCCAACACCUUCGUCUGACGAGAGGGAGACGGGGUUUAACUAUCAAUCAGAGCCAACCCUCCCAACACCUUCGUCUGACGAGAGGGGAGGGAGACAGGGUUUAACUAUCAAUCAGAGCCAACCCUCCCAACACCUUCGUCUGACGAGAGGGGAGGGAGACAGGGGUUUAACUAUCAAUCAGAGCCAACCCUCCCAACAACCUUCGUCUGACGAGAGGGGAUGGAGACAGGGUUUAACUAUCAAUCAGAGCCAACCCUCCCAACACCUUCGUCUGACGAGAGGGGAUGGAGACAGGGUUUAACUAUCAAUCAGAGCCAACCCUCCCAACACCUUCGUCUGACGAGAGGGGAUGGAGACAGGGUUUAACUAUCAAUCAGAGCCAACCCUCCCAACACCUUCGUCUGACGAGAGGGGAGGGAGACAGGGUUUAACUAUCAAUCAGAGCCAACCCUCCCAACACCUUCGUCUGACGAGAGGGGAUGGAGACAGGGUUUAACUAUCAAUCGGGGCCAACCCUCCCAACAACCUUCGUCUGACGAGAGGGGAUGGAGACAGUGUUUAACUAUCAAUCAGAGCCAACCCUCCCAACACCUUCGUCUGACGAGAGGGGAUGGAGACAGGGUUUAACUAUCAAUCAGAGCCAACCCUCCCAACACCUUCGUCUGACGAGAGGAGAGGGAGACAGGGUUUAACUAUCAAUCAGAGCCAAACCUCCCAACACCUUCGUCUGACGAGAGGAGAGGGAGACAGGGUUUAACUAUCAAUCAGAGCCAAACCUCCCAACACCUUCGUCUGACGAGAGGGGAGGGAGACAGGGUUUAACUAUCAAUCAGAGCCAACCCUCCCAACACCUUCGUCUGACGAGAGGGGAUGGAGACAGGGUUUAACUAUCAAUCAGAGCCAACCCUCCCAACACCUUCGUCUGACGAGAGGGGAGGGAGACAGGGUUUAACUAUCAAUCAGAGCCAACCCUCCCAACACCUUCGUCUGACGAGAGGGAUGGAGACAGGGUUUAACUAUCAAUCAGAGCCAACCCUCCCAACACCUUCGUCUGACGAGAGGGGAGGGAGACAGGGUUUAACUAUCAAUCAGAGCCAACCCUCCCAACACCUUCGUCUGACGAGAGGGAUGGAGACAGGGUUUAACUAUCAAUCAGAGCCAACCCUCCCAACACCUUCGUCUGACGAGAGGGGAUGGAGACAGGGUUUAACUAUCAAU